AGAAUUUCAUAUCUCAACUAUUCAUUCAAUUAUGGGAGACGCUUCUGAUGAAAGGAAAACAGGUUGCGGCCUGUUGAACGCGGUUUUUGGAAGGAAAAAUAUGUGGACAAAAAGAUCAACAUCAACAGGUUCGCUUCCAACACCAAAUUCCAAUAAUGUUAACAAUUUAACGCGAUCUUCUAGUAGUCAAACUUCUAAAAAGCAUCGUAAUGGAUCCAACGAGGCUUUUUUAGACAAUCGUGACAACGAGAAACAAGCUGAUAGGAUCAUACCAAGACCUAAUCAAAAUCAAUCCAAGGUAGCUGCGACUAAGGGUAAUUUGCAAGGUGCUGCACCUGUUUAUAAUCAGCAGAAAAAUAAUGGUCAAGGGGUACAACAAGGGUAUAAUAAUCAAGGAAGAAAAGUAGCUCCGCCAUCAACGGGGCUAUCAGGGGAGCUUGAAAACAUGAUACAAGAUCAUCAAAGAUCAAAGGGAGCUAAUACAUUAGUCCGUGCAUCGUCUAGCAACGUGAUGUUGUUUGGUAAUUUGGGUAACAUAAGGCAGCAAGGUGGGGGCAAUGCUACAACAACUUCAACAGCUAAUCAUGUUCUUGAUUAUUUACCAAGAACGGCUAAAGAAGAACCACAACAACCAUCUCAGAAUGGGAAAUAUCCUACGAGUGUUAUGGGUAAUGUGGUAAAGAAAAAGGGUGAUCAAGAGCAGGGGAAAACAGGGGGCUCUGUUUCCCUUUGUCGCGCUUUAUCCACAAGAAUGGACCCUGAGCAAUUGAAGAUUCUUGGAAAUGAGGAUUACAAGAAUGGAAGAUUUGCUGAGGCUUUAGCUUUGUAUGAUGCUGCAAUUUCAAUUGAUCCUAAUAAGGCUUCUUAUCGAAGCAACAAAUCCGCUGCUUUGACUGCUUUAGGAAGGCUUCUUCAAGCUGUUUUUGAGUGCAGAGAAGCUAUAUCAAUUGAUCCUCAUUAUCAAAGAGCUCAUAAUCGUUUGGCCACCCUAUGUGUCAGAUUAGGAGACACAGAGAAAGCUAUGUACCAUUACAAACAAGCAGCAUCAGAAGCUGAUCCUGAUGUUGUGACAAAGUCUAAAACUAUUCAAAUUCAUCUCAACAAGUGUACUGAAGCGAAGAGGCAAAGAGAUUGGAACACUCUUCUUAAAGAAUCUGCCCUCGCCAUAUCGGCUGGUGCAGAUUCUGCAUCACAGAUAUUUGCUUUGAAAGCGGAGGCGUUGGUGAAGCUCCAUAGAUACCAUGAAGCAGAUCAAACUCUGAAGAAUGGUCCGAAUUUUGAUAUCGAUGAAUGUAUAAAGUUCUUUGGCCCUAUUGGCAAUGCAGGUUUGUUGGUCAUUCAAGCUCAAGUUGACAUGGCUGCUGGCAGGAUUGACGAUGCCCUAGCAGCGGCUCAACGAGCAUCCCAACUAGAUGGGAACAACAAGGAAGUGAGCAUGAUAGUUAGGAGGACAAGGGCAGUAGCAAGUGCUAGAACAAAGGGAAAUGAGUUGUUUAAAGGUGGAAAAUAUGGAGAUGCUAGUGUUGCUUAUGGUGAAGGGCUAGAGCAUGAUCCACACAACUCAGUUUUAUUGUGCAACAGAGCAGCUUGCAGGUCAAAACUUGGCCAAUUUGAGAAAGCACUUGAGGAUUGCAAUACUGCCCUUAAUGUUAGACCAUCUUUCACCAAAGCUAGGUUGAGGAAGGCUGAUUGUUACUUUAAGAUGGGAAAAUGGGAAGCAUGCAUACAAGAAUGUGAAGUGUUGAUAAAGGAGACACCAGAAAAUGAGGAUGUGGGACAAAUGAUUAAGGAUGCCCAACAACAACUCAAAAAAUGAGGAAUUUGUCAAAGAAAUGAAGAGCAUGAACACCACCAAUGACAUUUAUGGUUGUCAUUAAUUUGUCAAUCUCCAUAACAAAUUAAUUUGAAUUGUAUCAUCACUUGUUUGUUCAAUUCCAAUCCCUCCAUAAAAGGAAACAACAGGGUCAAAUAUAGAAAAAAGUGGUAGGGAAGGGGUUAAGAGAAGGAUUUAUAAAGGUCUUUUAGGGAACAAAGAAAGAGAUAAUGGGAGAAAGAUCAAAGGAUUAAGAGGCUUGAGUUAGAAAAUAGGAUUUGGUAGGCUAUAUUGGCUCAUCUCUUUAGGAAAAAAAAAAAGAAUUAAAGAAAGGAAUUCAUUAGGGUGCUUUGGAAACAAAAAAUUAAAGAACUAUGAAUUUUUAGUGAAUGAGAACAAUUCUUUUACAUUUGUUGCAUUUUCUUAAUAUGUAAUUAGUUUGUUUAACACGGUUUUGCUGACU